AUGUUGGUCGAGGGUGACUUCCUCUCCCCCUCCUUCCUCCCCGCGUGCACAAAGCACAAUGAUGUCAACACCCCCUUCUUCCUCCACACGUCCCUGAUCCUUUUCGCGACCAUCGCGAGCAUCCGCACUCCUCGCACCCCGCGGCGCGUGGGUCAGCUUCGGGCUGUUGCUGUUGCCGCAGGCGGUGGCGGAGUGUUCACUCAAGCAGAUGCUGGCGGCCACGGAGGCACUUCUGGCCAAGCUCCGCAGGUUGCCAAGUUAGUUGGUGGCAGGUAA